UUGUGUGUAAAUAGUUCAUCGUAGAAUUAAAUUUGUUUCUACAUACUUUACUGUAUCAUUUUUUUGGUACCUUGAAAGGUUUUUGCUACUAAAAAGCGUUCUUGUGCUGUAUCAGGGAAUUUAUCAUAACCUUUUACAGUUUUUGCAGUCUCUGUAUGUUCUGUAGUGCAUCACGUGUUCCAAAACAACCUAUCAGUCCUUAAGUCACGCAGUCAGUCAUCUGUAGGGUACAAACCAUGUUUGGAUAUUAUCUCGGGAGAUGCAAACUCUCCGUUCUUUGCCUACCUAAGUGCUACGUAUUUAUCAUGCCAUUCUUCUCUUUUUUCUCCACCAUUUACUCAACUUAGCAAAUUGUGAGGUCACAAGUGUUUUUUUCUGCAUUUCAAAUCGUUGAGGACGGCUAGUGAAUGCUAACUGAUCCAAUGCUAACUGAUCCUCGUUUUGCAGGCUUCAUAAAGGGACCGUCGUUUGCAUUUUUGUUCUUGGUUUUCGAGGGGCCUAUUUAAUUUGCUUCUUGUUCAUUUUACUUUAGUCGAAGUUGACAAGGGUUUCAUUGUUGGAGCUAAGGACGUAACCAAUCUCUAAAUGUUUUAUUCGACCUGGUAGACUUUGGCUCCACAUCUAUGCUUUGAGUUCUAGCUUUAGGUAUAAUAAACUUACGCAAUGACUGUCUAAUGAACUUAUUUCUUUUGUUCAUUCGCGAGACCACCAUUAAGUUUUCUCUUUAUCCGCUUAAACUGUGCAUCCCACUAUAAAUCGUCGUCAGUUAUAAUUCCCAGGGAUUUUUUCGGUUCUCUUCAUGCCAGCUUUGUUUAGUGUGUGUUUAUUUGGAAAUUUUUAAUUGUUUAUUUUCUGGGGAUACUCUGGCACAAUGAGUAUGGUUUGAUUAAACCCGACAUUCACCCAGAAGGAUUCAACAGCUCGUGCUUUGCAUUACACGAUGGCAUUUUUUAAAUGAUAUGAGGCUUUAUGGCUAUUGGCAGCAUUUUCUCUAGCUAGAUAUCUCAUUCAAAGUCUUUUGAAUGUCAACCUUAUCUAUACCUUAGUUAACUAUGUCUAUACGAAACCUCGGAUGACUGCGAAAGAAUCCUACAAGUCAUUUGCCUUUUUCCUAACCUUUUUUAGCUUUUCUGCUGCAUUUAGCUUCACAAAAGCCAGGUUUCCUUUUUUUCUUAUUUAAAUGCUGCGUCUAUCUUCAAUAUUUUGACAAGCUUCAAAUGUAUAUAUUGGCCAAGUUUCUUGAUAUUGAUAAGGCAAGAUGUUCCAGUAUAUGCGAAUUACAAGAAAUGUAUUUCUCGGUUUUUUUAUAUUUCAAUGAUGUAAUUGUCCAAGCUAUAUCUUGGUGGCUACUCAUUUUUAUGUCAACUAAGGUUGAAAUGUUAGCAAAAAGGUGUCAGGUAAACUUCGGUCAUAUGCAUGCAGCACACAUUGAAAACCAGACGUAUGCUACUUUGUUUACAGAAAUUGGUGUUAACUUGAAUCUGCCUUUUGUCAGGUGCUGUUUAUUCAAUCUUCUCUCAGUAGAUAAUAAAUCCCCCAACUUUAUAAAUACCACUCCCUCCUGUUGUGUUCCAUAAAACCUGUUGUAAAAUGUUAGGUUUUGUUUCUUUCGAAGGAGCUUACUUAAUGCGCGUGUGUUAAUUGAUAAUCAUUGAGGCAGGGAUGGAUCGGUCAUGCUGUUAGAAACAAAGAUUGCAGUUCUUGCUUUGAAUAUGAUUCAUCCUUCUUUGCAUGUUGUUAUCGUUGAAAACACGAAAAUGCUUUGGCGUUCAAAGAUACAGAGAUCAUUUGUUCUGCCUUAGUCAUAAUUCGUCUUAUCCGAUCAGAUAAAGUCCUCGCAAAAACUCACUUACGGAAUUUACAAGUUUCUCAUAAACAGUUGUAGAUGCCAUAUUUGUAAGCUGUUUACUUAUAAUUGGCAGAUUUCUGGCUAAUAGUUUUUAUCAAGUAAGGUGUUUUCUUCAAAGUCUUGGGAGCCACUUAAAAACACCUGUCACCUAUACCCUCGCAACUACGAAAAACAAGUUAAGGUAAUUUUGGUUUCUUUGAUUGGUGCUGUGAUGUGUAAGAUGCAAGUCGCUUUUAGCUGGAAGAAGCCACAGCAAGGAGCUAUUACUUCCAAUGGUGAUUUGUUUUUCUUAAAGAAGAACAAACGUUGUCGCAGCAAGCCUCUUUAUAGCAAACGCAACCUGUAGUUGGGCGUGUUUUGCAGGAAACCAUUCUGUUGUUCGGAACUUCCGACCUGUUCUUUGAUAACGAUGAGUCUGUGUUGCAGCUGAUUAGAAAUUAAAAUAGGUUAAUUUUGUUUAAAUGUUAUAGUGAAACGCAUCUUGUCUAUGCAGAGAAAAAUCGCCUCUUUGUCUCCACGAAUUGAUAAAAUAAGAUUGACAAAUUUGGAAUAUCCUUCCGAUGUUACUGAGAUAGAAGAAACAGUACCAAGUUGUACCUAUAUGCAACCUUAAAAUGGGCAGCGUAGAUGGUGCUUGUGUCUCAGGUUAUGUCUCAGGUCAUAUUUUUUGGGAAAUUAACAUGACGAUACUGAUUCUUUUGGUUAUUUGUUGCUCGAUGUCCGUCAAAAUGACGUCAUCAUGCACAUUUGUAUUGUUGUGCUCUUGCUGUUGCCCGUCGUUUUUGGCAGUACGUUUGCAAACCUACUUUUCCAACCCAUUUUUGGUAUUCAUUUCACAUUAAGCAACUUCGAAAGCAUUUUAUGUAGCCCUUGCUUGAUAAAAGUGAAUGUAGGCUUUGCGAAUAGACAUUCGUUUUGGUACCUUUCUGUUUUUCAUAAUUGGCAUACUUUUGCAAAAAACAUUAAUUUUUUUGGUCUUCCUAGAUCUCUUCAUGGGUUUUCUAGGUCUUUACGCUAGUGCAGUAGUCUAGAAUCUCCAAACCACACACUAUCUUGUCCUGUAAAUAUUGAAAUUAAUAUUAGACGCAGAAUUGAAAUGCCGGUGAUAUUGAUAUUAGGUGCAGUUUUGAGUUGCUGCGCGUCUAAUAUUAAUACUCCGUCAGCCAAUUAAGGUGUUUUCGUCCAGAUAAUAAGGCUUUACGACAAGACGGGGAAAAUCUUUAUCAAAAGACUUUCAAAAGAGAUCGUACCCGCAUACAGUUUUAUAGCUGGAAAAUUGCGCCAAACGCUUUAAUCUGUUCUUAUGAGGCUCCGUUUUAUUCUGAUGCCGGAUUCGAUAAUUUACACGAGAAAUGGCAAUAUAGGAUUGAUAUCAUCCUAUUUCAAGGGUGUUAUUCUAUAUUAAUAGGACACUUGUAAACUGAAGGCCGAUCCAGUUUGCUGCAAAUCUGAUAUGGGAAACGCUAUCAUGAAAACGAGGCUUUAUUUUUACGAAAUAUGAACAAAGAAACCGCUACGGAUGUUAACGUUCGGAGAGAGGGUGUAGAAGGUUUUCGCGGAGUGAUAUUUCCUUCGAAAAUACCCGUAUGGAAUUUUCAAUCAGAGUUCUAUACUGAUAUGAUAAUCAAUUGGCCAUUGCAAACCCAUUCGAUCUCACGUAAUCGAGUUGGCUCACUGUUAUUGUUUUUAGGGAUGGUCUAAGAACGUUUAUAUAUACAACUUUUAUGGAUCUUAGACAUACGGGCACCCGGUUCAAGACAUACGGGCACGGGGCCAGUUCGAUAAUUUUGGAUUGAAAUUUCGCGCAAGUUGAUAUUUUUAGUCGAAACACUUGUACAAUAGCAUAUUUCUGGAUCCUAAAAAAUAGACAAUUAUAAUUCUGAUAUUCUGAUAACAAGUGCCCCUUCCCUCUUAAAUUUCUUUAUGCCUUGAAAAAUGAUGAUUUUAGCUGUGAGUCGUUAUAUCUCUCUCCACGAUCUUUAUGUAUGUUUUAACCGAAGUCUUCUCUGUCCGGUGUUUGGGAUUGUAGAACAGGUUGUUGAUUUUGCAAGAUCAAAAUAUGAAUCAAUCAACUCUCUUUUUGUGAGUUUAGGGAAUAUUUUAGUUUCAGAACGAGGAUUAAAUCCUUCAACUAAGUUGAUUAAAGUGGCAAGCUUGUUAAGAAUGUUUGAUAAUGCUCACUGUUCCUAUGAAUGUUCGAACAACAACCUGAAAUGCCAACUCUAUGGGCCCUUUGUCUUACUAAUCGCCCUUAUAGUUCUUCGAAUAUUUUCGUUUCAUCUAUUAUUCCUCAUCCCUUGACGUUUGCGCAGUAAUCUACAAAAGAAGCCUUUUGAAGAAAAGCGGUAGUGACCACAAAGCGAGUAUAAAUCAGCAACCAUAUUAGCUCUCGUAAUACUGCCCAGUAUUAUGGAUGAAAUCAGCUUCAAGAAUUUAUCGACGAACAAUUUCUGAUGAAGACGGACAAAUAUUUUCUCAAAUGUUCGCAGUUCAAGUGUUGUUAUAACAAAUCCUUGAUAACAGAGUGAAAUUUGGAAAUUUUGCCAAGCUGAUCGAGUAUACAAUCUUGUUUUUGUCACGUCGAGAGUACUGAGCAAAAUUUGUCGUUACUGCUCUUGCCCACGAGAAGACCACUGUAUUAUGACGUCAGUAAAUGAUAAAACACAGUUUACUACGAGGCUGGCAGUUGACUCACAAACGUAUUACAGCCAGGGAAACGAUGACGACAGUGGCUGUACUACCGAGGAGUAUGCUUGGACACCUCCUGGACUUUCUCCCGAACUUGUGCGACUAUUCAUGUCUCGGUUACCGGAAGAAAAAGUUCCAUAUGUAAAUAGUGUCGGGGAGAAAUAUCGCGCGAGGCAACGGUUACGCCAGCUGCCGCCCCAAGACUCAGAUUUCAAACACUGCCAUGAUAUGUCAGAGGAGGAACGGAAUGAGCUGAAGCUUUUCCAAGCACAGCGGAUACGCGAUGCAUUAGGUCGUGGCACUGUUCGUGUCAUCCCAGAAACAGUCGAAGGAAUAACUGGCCUUUGUCAGCAGUGUGGUAAGAGUAUACCGCCUGGCGAUGUUGCAGUAUUUGCUUGGAAAGCUGGCCAUGACUGCUGUUGGCACCCAGCAUGUUUUUGCUGCACUGUGUGUAAUGAGCUUCUUGUUGACCUUACGUAUUUUUAUCAAGAUCGUCGUAUAUAUUGUGGAAGAGAUCAUGCCGAGCUUUUGAAGCCUAGAUGCUCAGCCUGCGACGAGAUAAUAUUCUCAGACGAGUGUACUGAAGCUGAAGGGCGCUUUUGGCACAUGAAGCAUUUUUGUUGUUACGAAUGCAAUGCACCACUCGGGGGUCAACGUUAUGUCAUGCGUGAUGACAAGCCAGUAUGCUGCCAAUGCUUUGAAAAAAUGUUUGCUGAAUUUUGCGAUGCAUGUGGGGACCCAAUAGGAAUAGAUACUGGGCAAAUGGCUCACGGCAGUCAACACUGGCACGCCACCGACAAAUGCUUCAGUUGUUACACAUGUGGUGUUUGUUUGUUGGGGAAGCCUUUCUUACCAAAAAAUGGUGAGAUAUUUUGCUCCUCCUCUUGUAGUCGCGGGAAUCCCCCGAAAAGUAAUGUGGUAGCCAAGUACCCGCCAAGGUCGCUUUGCAGAGGGAAGCCUGUUCCACGUUAUGAAGAUAAAUCAUCGGGUACCGAGGGAUCUGCGUCUGUCACUCCAGUAGUCAGCCCUAUCGUAAUGCGAAAGCAACCAGAGUUACGUGCGAAAUCAAGCAAUCGAAGCUCGCUAGACAAAUACGGACUAGCUGCUGUGGAGAAGAUGUCGGAAGCAAUGAAUCGACAAGCAGGAACGAAUGCAGCGCAAGAUAGUGAUCGUGACGACGUGAGCUCGAAUGGUUCUAGGAAGGAGAAGGAACUGCCAAAUUUUGGAGUUAGUCGCCAGGGCUCGAAGCCUGUGUUGCGUGUGAAACCAUGUCAUCGGCCGAGUCAGAAUAAAAUCACAGAAGAGGUUUGGAUUGAUAUGGUACCUCCAAAGAAGAUUACAACUCGAACUGAAAAAAAUGACGGAAAUUUGUCCGCCGACUCAACUAUGCUUAGCGAAUAUUCAGAUGCGGAAAAGUCAAUUAUAUUAGAAAAAUCGCUUAGUUUUUCUAAGUCCAGUAACUAUUGUCAAGGACAACAAAGAUCUAAGAAAAAAGGGCGUCGUAGAGGAGAAGAUUCGUAUUAUUCUGACUACGAAGUUGAAAAGCAGAAGCGAUCGCAAAAUCGAUCACGGUACAUCCCCGAAAUACCCCCUCCAGAAAGUAUUUUAUCACAUGUGCCUCUCAAGCAAAACACGCACUCAAAAUCAAUGGAAUGUUUAGACUCUAAAAUGCGCGUAAAAGGACGCAGAGAACAGCGCUUAAAACAGACAAAAACAAAAUCGGAAACUAACUUAUCGUCGUGUGAAAAAUCUCUGCGUGUUAAAAAUGAUGUCACAAACUUUUCUAUAAAUCCAACCUCGCCAUUAAAAUCUUCAUUCAAAAAGAUUGAUAUUGGACGCGGAAAAUCAAGACUUAACCAAGAUGAGGAUGAAUAUUUCAGACAACCUCGUGUUCGUGGAAUGUUUGGCUCGGAUGUUAAACCAAAGCGAAUUACAUACGUAACGAGAGACGAUAUGGCUAUAGGAGGCUCAAGCACGAGUAAAGAUUCGCGUAAAGGGCGAAAAACGAGAAAUAAGCAAGAAAGAUGUGUCAUUUCUUGAACUCAAAUGCUGAAAAUAGUAAGAUAUGUAGUGAAAAAUAGAGAUAAUACUCGUUUUUCAAACUGUAAUUUAAAAGACUUUGAUUUCUUAAAAGAAAUCUGUCGUUGUAUUUGCUUCUUGUGCUUUCUAGGAAAUGAUGAUUAGAAUCAAUGUGAUAUU